UAAAAGAGGUCCACGGUCACCAUGACAACCUCAAGCUUUGAGUGGCUCAGGAAAGCAUUUUCUGCUCGUCUUUUCUCUCUAUCUUUUUUUCUUUAUCUCUAUAUCCUUUCUCUCUCUCUCUCUCUCUCUCUCUCUCUCUCUCUCUCUCUCUCUCUCUCUCUUUCUCUAUUUAUAUAUCCAUCCUGUUUUUUGUUUCACUAAAUCUUCUGCGUCAUGUGGAUUGAUAUACAGGGAUAGAGAGCAGGAGACAUGGGUGUGAAAGGAGGAGAAGAGACGAGCAAAUGGACGAAAUGACUGCAGCAUAUGUGUUGCCACACUAAUGAAAGGAAUAAUUCCACGCCACAGAACAGCCCAGUCACCACAGUCACAUGACCAUGAGGAAGAGAAAGAGAAAGAUGACAUCACUUCCUCUUUGUGCUCCUUGUGUGGGCAGAACUUCGACUUGCCCCUCCUCCUGCCCUGUGCACACACCCUUUGUGGGCGGUGUUUAACACAGAAAGCACGAUUAGACAAACCCAGGUCUGCACAAAGAUGUGUGUCUCACGUAUCUCGUACCAUCUGCACCAUCCUCUGCCCACGCUGUUGCCACGGCGUUGAACUGCCCUGCUUUGAUUGGUCGAUUGCUACCACAUGCCUGCCCCUUGACCCAACAGCGACCAUUGAUCCUAGAUGUGGUGCCCAAGAGGAGGAUGUGAAUGAGGAGAAGAUCAGGGAACCGACAGGACAGAAACCAGCUGCAGGACGAGACAUGGAUCUGUCUGAGGAGGAGAUGGAACGUUCUGUCUCAGGCCUACUCUUCACUUUAGACUUCUCCUCCAUAGACCCGCCCCUCCAGAUCACUAACUCCGCCCUCACAGUGACCUUCAAGGACUCUGGAGGUCAAACUGGGGCUCGUGAUCUGUGCACGUCUCUUCCUCAGGUGUGUGCUGACGUGGAGAUCCGGAGAGGACAAUACUACUGGGAGGUGGAUGUGUGUAACAGCGCCCUCUAUCGUAUUGGUGUGAUCUCAUUGGCUGGUGGUGAGACAUGGUGGUUUGAGAGGCAUGGCUCUGGAUUCCAUGUGUUGUUUGACAGGCGGCGUGAGCUCCUCCCCUCGAUUCCACCACAGCUCAAAACGGUGGGCGUGUUCUUAAAUGUAGGUGGGGCUUCCCUCACCUUCCACAACCCUCUAACUGAAGAACUUCUUGCCGCGAUCCCGUCCAUCUUUACUCCACCUCUUCGACCCGCAUUUCAACUGGGCCAGGGAAGGCUGAAGGUCCGCCCAGGCCUUCCGCCACCCAAUCAUGUCUUUCUGAGUCGUAACUCUUCCUAUCGGGGCCCUGAAGGGGUGGGGCGUUGGCAGUGGAGUCGGGACGUUGCGUUUGGGUCAGUGAGGCCUGUGAUACAGAAGUUUGAAGAAAUGGCAACUUCAGAUUCUGAUUCAGGUCUGAUGUCCAGCUGCAGCUCCACCUCCAGCUCCACCCUGACCUCCAUCAUCCUCACAUCACAUCAUUCUGCACAGGAACUCUGAGGAACUCAGUAAUGUCUUCUGUUGGCUGGGUGUUGAUCAUCUGAAGAACAUUGAAUCCAAAAUCUAGCAUCAUUUAUUCACCUUCUCCUGCAGUGCAAUGCUCUCAUACUCACCAAGCUGCUUCUCUGCAUGAACACCACCCAAUACCAACACCCUCAUAGCCUAACCAGCUAUCUUAUCAACAAAUAAAUAAAUAAAUAAACA